AUGACACAAGAGAAGAUCAGAGUCGGUUUCGUCGGUUUGUCUGCCAACUCGGGAUGGGCAGCGAGCACUUUAGGCCCAGCACUGGUUCACCCCUCCGUACGCGACAAAUAUGACCUCGUCGCAGUCUCCACGACCUCAGAAGCGUCAGCCAAGGCAUCGGCAGAAAAACAAUCCCAAGCGGUAGGCCAUCCGGUCAAAGCAUAUUUUGGCGAUGCCUCCGCCAUAGCUUCCGACCCAGACGUCGAUCUCGUGGCCGUCGCAGUCAAGGCACCCUAUCAUAAGCAAAUCGUCCUCAAGGCUAUUGAGGCGAAGAAGGACUUCUUCGUUGAGUGGCCAGCCGGCACUUCUACAAAAGAAACCGAGGAGAUUGCAGCUGCAGCUCAGAAACAAGGCGUCAAGUCUCUGGUUGGGUUACAGGGGCGCAACGCGCUCGUUACUCAGAAGGUCAAAGAACUGCUGGCGUCUGGAGUUAUAGGCAAAGUCCGAUCCACAAACGUCAUCGCACACCAUCCGAGGGAGAUCAAUUACCACGUACCAUACAAUUUCGAAGAAAAUGCGUACCUUUUAGAAAGGAAAAAUGGCGUUACUAUGUUCAGCAUUGCUGUUGGCCACCAGCUCGAUAUCCUGACACACGUACUGGGAGAUUUUGCGAGCGUAUCGGCAACUAGCGCACAGUUCUAUCCCGUCGUGACCAUCCUGGGUAAGGAUCUAAAGCCGACAGGGAAGACAUUCGAUGCCCAGAACGAAGAUCACUUUGCCAUUACUGGCAUCCUCAAGUCAGGCGUCAUGGCAAACAUUUUCUGGCGAUCUGGAUAUUCUUCAACGGAAGGAAGACGCCAAUACAUCUGGGAGAUUGAAGGCGAAGAGGGCACCAUCAGACUCGAGUCAAACCAUAUCUUGGGCGCGUUCCCCGCCAUGAUAGAGUCCGAACUGUAUCUUAAUGGCAAGAAGCUGGAGGGCCAUGGAAAUGGUGUUGUGACUGUCAGUGAGGCAUGGAAGGAGUUUGCGACUGGAAAAGGAUCCUACGCCACGAUUGACGACGCAGUCAAGCACCAUCGGCUCUUGGAUGCAAUCGAAACUAGUGCCAAAGAGGGUAGAAGGGUUAACUUGUGA